UGUAAUUAUGACACCACACCAGCCAGCAUUUGUUCGUGAGCAUUGUAACGGUCAACAUGCAACGGAUAGUUUGGUGGAUUCUUUUGAUAGGCAUCGCAAGAUAUAGCAGUGCAGCUUCUGAUGAUUGGGAGCUAGUGAAUAGUGGAACAAAUAUUGAGGCGUAUAGCUUAGCUGAAAAUAAUCGAAGUCCAGCAGUGACUGUUGAGGAACCAGAUUUGUCUGACGAUGAAGUGGAGAACAUUUUAGAAAGCAUUGGAUUCCACAGUUACGAAAAUAGUGAUGAGGCAACGAAUGUCAGACUCGCAAAUUCAGAAGAUAGUAGAAUAUUGCAAUAUCAGAAGUACUACAGAUUACCGCAAACCGGCGAACUGGAUCGUGCAACCAAAAUAUCACUGAAGAGACCCAAAUGUGGCGUCAGUGACCUGGUUUUACAAGGAGGCGAUUUCAAAUGGAAUAAACGUUACCUCACCUAUUACGUUGCGAGUACUCCUUCGGAAGUUGCACCUAACACUGUGAAAAAACUUUUGCGAGAUGCAUUUCAACAGUGGAGUAACGUUACCCUGCUAGAUUUCAACGAAUCCAAGAACGCAAAAGCCGAUAUCAAAAUCUUAUUUGAAGAUGAACAAGUUCAAACUGGAAAACGUUCACAGGAAACUACAUCACAAGAUGCCACAUUCUCACAUGCAUCUUAUCCGGAAAAGGGAGUGAUUCGUUUCAACACAAAGUACUACUUCCGCAUGAAGAACGAAGAUGAGUUCCUUCAUACAGCAAUGCACGAAAUCGGCCACGCCCUUGGAUUAGGCCAUUCAUCUUCUCGGGCUUCCAUCAUGUAUCCCUUCCUGGAUUCUCGUUUCACUGAUUUGCCUCAAGUUGACAUUGAGGCAAUACAACUCAAAUAUGGAAAACGUUUCCAAACCAGAUCGAUCCCAGAAUUCUGCACUCUAGCCAAUUACGACGCCGUAGUGUCCACUGCCCGCGGAUUGAUGUUCGUUGCUGGAAAAUACUACUAUCACAUUCAUUCCAACUACUCUAUUGGACAACCGACUUUGCUGAGUGACAUGUGGCCCGGAGUCCCUGAUUCGGUGGAUGCCGCUUUAACGAUAGACGCAGAAACGUUCUUCUUCAAAUCCGAUCAGGUGUGGAGCUUCAAAUAUGAAUCGCUCCAACCGGGUUACCCGCGAAAGAUCCGCAACACUUUUCCCGGUUUGCCGAACAACUUGGAUGCCGUAGCCUACGACCGGAAGCACGUCUAUGCGUUCAGGAACGACCUCUACUGGCGAUACAAUCCGGAGAAGAAGGCCGUAGAUCAUACGGAAGAGGUGUCCGCUUUCGACAUUCCAACUCGGAUCGACGCCGCUCUGUUUGAGAAAUCUAGGGAUAGGCUGUAUUUCUACAAGGAUACCGAUUGGUACUUCUAUAGCUUCAAUACGAUGGAAACCGAGAAGCAUGAUACGCCCAAGUACAAUUGCCAACAGUAUGAAUGAUGAACAUGAAAUAAUAUAAUAAAAACAAUAGAUUAUCAAGUGAGUAGUGGGCAGGAGUCGAAUCUGCCAUCUUUCUCACUCUUAUCUCCUUUCACUAGAAUCUCGAAGCAUUCCCUGCCCACCGUAUCCGUUCACAAUUGGCCACUUUCAGGAUGUUGCGUUCGUCGGGGAAUGCAAGUACUUUGUUUCAGCCGCA